ACGUGGCGAAAUUGGCAAUCCUGUGGAAGUUUGAGAAUUAAAACAACCGCUAAUUUUAGAUUUUUGGUGGGUAAUGAAACGCCAUAUUACUCUUUCAUUCUUCAUGUGAUUUAAUCAUCAAAAUCGCUUUUCUCAUUGUUCUGGGAUUUAUUCUACAACAGUUCUAAUAGGUAUGGAAAAAUCAGACUAUAAAUUGACUGAAUCUGCUACAACUGCAAGCUAUGAUGAUUACUUCGACACAAUUCAGAACAGGAAAAAGUUGCCCUCUGCAUUACAAGAGACCUUGACGGCUGCGUUUGCUGCCAUUCCUGUUUUGUCCUUCCCACAAGUCCCGGGUGGCAAAGUAAUAGAAAUUUCAGCAGACACGUCGAUGUCAGAUGCUGUAAAGAUCCUUUCUGAAUGCAACAUUCUCUCAGCUCCUGUUACGAACCCUGAGAAAGCCAGCAGCAGUGACUGGAAGGAGAGGUAUCUCGGGAUCAUAGACUACUCAGCGAUCAUAUUGUGGGUUCUGGAAGGAGCUGAACUCGCUGCUGUAGCAUUAUCUGCUAGCACAGCUACAGCUGCUGGAGUAGGGGCAGGUGCAGUUGGAGCCCUCGGAGCAGUGGCUCUUGGUGCCACAGGUCCAGCUGCAGUUGCUGGUUUAGCUGUUGCGGCUGUUGGGGCGGCAGUAGCAGGAGGCGUUGUGGCAAAUAAAGGGGUGGGAAAGGACGCUCCAACCGCAGCCAGUCAGUUAGGUGAUGACUUCUACAAAGUUAUUUUGCAAGAAGAACCGUUCAAGUCGACCAAAGUGUGGGAAAUUGUUAAAUCAUUCCGAUCCACACCUUUCCUUCCAGUUUUAACAAACAGCAAUAUGUUGACAGUUCUAUUGCUCUUAUCCAAGUACAGGAUGAGAAAUGUACCAGUCAUAGAACCUGGGCAGGCUUUCAUGAAGAAUUUCAUCACCCAAUCUGCUGUAGUGAGGGGCCUUGAGGGAUGCCGUGGACGAGAUUGGUUUGAUUGCAUUGCUGCCCAUCCUAUUUCUGACUUGGGCCUUCCGUUUAUGCCACAGAAUCAGGUUGUAAGCAUUGACAGCAGUGAGCUUAUUUUGGAGGCAUUUAAACGGAUGAAGGACCACCAAAUCGGUGGCCUUCCAGUUGUCGAGGGACCAAAGAAGAAGAUUGUUGGCAAUUUGAGCAUGAGAGACAUCAGAUACUUGCUACUAAAACCCGAACUUUUCUCCAACUUCAGGCAUCUUACUGUCGACGAUUUCAUUAAAACAGUAGCUUCAACGAGCACAGAAGUCGGGAAAGUCAUCCCACCGAUAACAUGCAAGCCCAACUCCACCCUUGGCGAUAUUGUGCACAGUUUGGCGUCCAAGGCGGUUCACAGGAUUUAUGUUGUAUCCGGGGAGGAAGAUGAAGUUGUCGGUGUCAUUACGCUCAGAGAUGUCAUUUCUUGCUUCAUUUAUGAACCUCCAAACUACUUCGAUAAUUACUUAGGUUCUUCAGCAAAGGAACUGCUCAAGAGGUGAAAGGUCUCUCGAGACGAAUGAUACAUGUUUACACUUCUACAUAUAACAAAGGGUAUUAUUUUUUCUUUACGUUAUAAGAGAGGCCUCGAAUAGUCGAAUGGUUAGGUGUAUCGUCGUUAAAGGCCGGGCUCAUUCGUCAAUUUAAACUUUUGGGUGAGAGUACGCGUUUUAGACCGAUUUUUUUAAUUAUCAUAUCUUUAUAUCUUCAGUUAUUGAUGUCUAGUUUCAGUGUGGUAGUGAACUAACAAAACAUGCUCAGACUAUUUUGUAGAAAAGUACUGUUAAAUGUUUAUAUUUAUUGAAUUAGUUAAUCUGUAUUAAUACAGAUA